AUGGCCCUGGUGGAAGGCGGAUGGGCCAUCUAUUGCUGGAGGUGCAACUCGGCCUACGACCCGAACUGCGCGGAUCCUUUCAACAACAUCACCUCCGACCUGGUCAACUGCGACAUGCGGUCAAGAGAACACCUGCCGCCGGAAAAAAAAGCGGUGGUCUGUCGAAAGAUCGUCCAGAAAGUAUACAGCGACUUCCGCUACGUCCGCGACUGCGGUUGGCUGAGGGAGGAGAAGGAGGGAGCCAGCUGCAUGCGACGCGCGGGGACCUUCAGCGUGCUCAUGAAGUACUGCAGCUGCGAACACGACGGCUGCAACGGCGGACCCCACCUCCGCGCGGCGCCAUCUUGGAUCCUCGCGCUGGUCGCUGCGGCGACGGCUGCCGCCGCCGCCUCUGCCUCGCCGCGGGUCUUCAAAUAA